CAGGAACCCAUACCUCACAAUCAAGAGACAGGCACAAAGAAAUCAAAUUUGUUUAUAUUAGCUCGUAAAAACGAUAUUAGAUAUUGGAUAAGAAAACUAAAAUUGUUUAGCGCUUCUGUUACCUUGGUUACACACUCGGCAUUUGCCCAAAUACUUGAAAAUGAUUCAGGAUGCACAAAUUCUUCAACAACAUAAUACUGAACUCAUCAAACUGAUAGAAGACCUAUGUCAGAAAAGAGACCAGCUGCAAAAAGCGAUUAUAGAAGAAGAUGAUGAAAAGAACCGACUUCAACACGAUAUGAGAAUUAUUUCCGAAAAGCUUGCGAAGGUGAACGAUUCUCUAAGCAAGAAGCUAGUUAUUAGAAACUCAUACGACAAGGCAAUUGCUGAGUCCCAACAAGCUUACUCCAAAUUGUUAGAAAAUUCCCACGUGCUGCUGAAUGUUCUGCAGAGCAACCAAGAAAAAAUGAAAGACAAAUUUGCUAAGAGUUACCACAACUAGUCUCCUAACUACUUACUGGCAGUGGUAUCAUCAACGCUUUCCACGGAUUUGUCGUUUUUAUGAAAUACUAUAUUAU